GGCUCCUCUCAGACAUGGCCGCAGCAGUUUGCAGCAGGUUUCUGCUGCAGAAGUCUUCUCAGGGCCUCCUGUUGUCCUUCAGGGCAGCACCUGCUUUCUCCAGAGCCUGGAGAUGAUGAGUUUUACCAGCGAACCACGGUGUCCAUGAUGAGGAAGGAAGCAGACAAUGGGAUCCUGAUCCACAGCUACAGCCCAGCGGGCUUCAACGUGGAUGGAAACCGCGUGUUCGGACCCUGCGCCCUCCUGCCUCCCGCUAUCCUGCAGUGGAAUGUUGGCAGUCACAAAGACAUCACAGAAGACAGUAUUUCCCUCUUCCACAUGCUCGAGCCUCCAAUAGAGAUCCUCGUGCUGGGGACGGGCUCCAAGCUCCAGAGAAUCGACCCGUCUGUCCUGGCUCUUCUGAAGCGUAAAGGCAUCGCGGUGGAGGUGCAGGACACGCCGAACGCUUGUGCGACCUUCAACUUCCUGACCAGUGAGAGGAGGCUGGUGGCCGCUGGUCUGAUUCCUCCUUCUCCCAGCACGGCUCUGGAGGUCCCUCCAUCCUGAGAGUGGGAUGUUUUCAGCUGAGAGUCAGGGAAACGAAAACUUUCCUUUGACAUAUAAAUAGCUCUUUGUGUGGCAAAAGCACCAUAUUUUCAGUAAAUUCCUGUAGUGGCAAUUUUCUUUCUUGUUUUGACUUGAUCUAAGAUGUUUGUAUGGAUGUCAAAUGUGUAAAUAGGGUCUAUAGAGGAUGUGUGCAGGUGAAGUGCUGGUGACUGUCCUGGAUCUGAAUAAAUCCUCUUUACCCCGUG